AUGUUGGGUUUGAGAACUUCUUUCAAAAGCUCGUUGAGAGCGUUGAAUUGCCAGUCCAGAUUGAUUUCUUCGUCUGCUGUGUCUGCGAAAUCUACUUACAAAACACCCGAUUUCGGCGACUACGUCAAGGAGAAAAAUGACGCCGACAAGAGCCGCUCGUACGCGUACUUUAUGGUCGGUUCCUUGGGAUUGUUGUCUUCAGCCGGUGCCAAGUCCACUGUCGAGACUUUCAUUACUUCGAUGUCCGCGUCUGCCGAUGUUUUGGCUAUGGCCAAGGUGGAAGUCAACCUUGCUGCGAUCCCAGAAGGUAAGAACGUCGUUGUCAAAUGGCAAGGUAAGCCUGUUUUCAUUAGACACAGAACUCAGGGUGAAAUUGACGAGGCAAACUCCGUUGACAUGUCCGCUCUAAAGGACCCACAAACUGAUGCCGAUAGAGUGAAAAACCCUGAAUGGCUAAUCAUGUUGGGUAUCUGUACCCAUUUGGGUUGUGUGCCUAUUGGUGAAGCCGGUGACUUUGGCGGUUGGUUCUGUCCUUGCCACGGUUCUCACUACGAUAUCUCUGGUAGAAUCAGAAGGGGUCCCGCUCCAUUGAACUUGGAAAUUCCAGAAUACGAGUUCGACGACCAAAAACUGAUUGUCGGUUAA